UUCUAUGAAUUCUAUGCUACAGCUCGAAAAAAGUACUGUGUUGAAGACAAAUUACGAAGCUCAUUAGAGAUCACAGGGUCAUCAUACUUUGUUUGAAACAGAUUGAUUGAUUUCCCUUACAAAAUUGCAAUAAGUCACUUUCAAGGGUGUCUACCAAAGUUCAAUUUGCAUCUACAUACUGUAGCGGGAGCUUUACGCGAAACUUAGGGAUCAGGACUGGGGCUCGCGGUCGACCUUGUACCCUUGUUUUAUUUCAUAACCCAUAGAUACAUACACCGCACAACAUGGCGUCCAAUUCAGAAGACGAAGUUAUGAACAACAUCUCCGAUGUUGAGGAGGAUGAUGAUCUAUUUGGAGAUGUUCCCGACGAGGAACCAGAGACUGCACCACCUCGAUUGCUGAGCGACGCGGAAUUGGAUUCGGGAGACGAUGAGGGACGCGAUGAUAGAGCGCCAAAUAAGGAAGAUGAAGAAGAAUUACCCACUGAAGAUACUCGAAAUGCGCGCAUUCUCGAGGCUGAUAUCUUCAGGCAUCCAGUCCCCAGGCCUUCAGAUGGAGAAGUAAAUGCGCCUUGUUCAUCUGUUGUGCGCAGAGCUAACAAUUUUGCAGUUUCACACGUUCCGCCUACCCAAUUUCUUUGGUAUCGAGCCCCGAGAAUAUAAUCCUGAAACUUUCGAAAUCCCCGUCUACGAUCAUCAUGUCACUACUCAAUCCGCAAAUUUCUCCGCGAGGACUGUAGCUGAAUCAACGAUUCGCUAUCGCAAGACAGAUUCUGGCAAACUCGAAAGCAAUACGAAUAUCUACACAUGGAGCGAUGGAAGUACUACUUUAGCAAUUGGUGAUCAGCAUUAUGAGUUACAAAGCAAACCUCUUGCGCCAGCCAAGGAUAACAAGUAUAACGAAGUAUUAGACUCGCAUUAUUACAUGGCUUCACCUUCAGUCACAUCACAGAUUCUUGUUGUCGUCGGACACAUGACCAACGAGUACACAGUGAGACCAAACAAAGAUAUUGAGGAUGAUGCUCUGAAUAGGUUGAAGAAAAAUUUUGCUGCAGCUACUGGUCUAGAAGGAGGCGAAAAGAAACGCUUGAAUAUGAUCGUCAAAAACGAAGAUCCCGAACUCCAAAAGAAGCGAGCAGAAACGGCAGAAAAGGAACGUAUGCGUGCCCAACGUCGUCGGGAAGCUCAACUUGAAAGAGCCAGUCAAUCAACUGGACGUCGUCCAGGUAUUGGUGCAGGUCUUACCCUUGAUGAUUUGGAUGGUCGUUCUGGACGCCGUGGACCACGCAAACCUGCUGGAGCCAAGCGUCCUCGUCGCAGACCAGAGUAUGAUUCAGACGAUGACCUUCCUCGUGGAAGAAACCGUGAGGAUGAGUAUGAUAAAGAGGAUGACUUUUUGGCAUCUAGUGAUGAAGAACUUGAGGAAGGUGGAGGGGACGAUGAUGACGAAGAAAUUCUCGAUGAAAGUGACGAGGCCCCGAGACAUAAGAAGCAAAAGAGAUCGAAACCUGCCGAAGAGAGCGAUGCUGACGCCGAUGCCGAAGCUGAUCUGGACGAUGAUGAAGUUGUUCAAGCUCCACAUGCGGAAGUUGGUGGAAAUAGAAGAAAACGUAACAUCAUUGAGGAUGAUGAUGAUGAAUGAUCUCGAAUUGAAAUGUCUCAUAGGGAUCAUAGAUACUGCACUCAUAUACCAAACAUUUGGAAAAAGCAUCUCUUGUGUUUACUUAACAUACCCGGCGUUUUAUGGACGAUUGUACAACAGUUGAGCUUCUACUGCACAAAUAAGUGACAUUGGCAUGCAUGCAUACCCUCAAUCGAUUCCAAAAUACCAAGUUACCAAACUAUGUGUAACAAUCCAGUGUAUUUUGAAGGAUUAAAUUAAUGAGACAUUUUAACU